AUGUUCAAGCAAAGCAAUACAUUUCCACCAAAGCCAAAAACGUCUUUCUCCAACCACUUUCAUCCCCACCCUCACCCCGCCAACACAAACACUCUCCCCACCUCACCACCAAUUGCAACCCUUUAUGCCAAUUAUGGCCUUCCUGCAAACAUAUUUUCAUCUGGACACCAAAGUGUACUAUCUAUUCUUAUUGGCUUAAUCCAAUUCGCUCUCUCUCUCUCUCUCUCUCUCUCUUUCUCUAUCUAUCUAUCUAUCUAUCUAUCUAUCUAUCUAUCUCCACUUUUAUCUUCCCUUCUUUCUUUCUUUCAUUUUCUCACUGAAACCAAAACGAAGAUAGUGAAAAGAAUUGAAAACCUUACUUUUGUUCUUUUUGUUUUCAUUCCUUUCAUCUUCUGUUUUCUUUUCUUUUGUUCUUCUCUUUCUCUUUCUCCUCAGUCUGGUCUCCUUUCUUUCUUUCGUACCUUACUUCCCCCUCGUUAUUAUUUUCUUUCUCCCCCAUACACAUAUCGUAUUCUUUUUCUUUUUUGCUUUUCUCCAUUUCUUACUUACCUUCUUCACUCUAGCAUCCUCCUUUUUAUUCUGCAUCACUCUCUUCUUCCUCCCUUCCUUUUCACCUCACUUUUGUCUCUCUCCUUCCAUCUUUCCUUCCUUCCUUUCUUGCUUUUAUCCUUUUCGUCUUCCACUCUCCUUCCGUCUCCCCUUCCUCCCCAUUUCCUUUCCUACUUUCUUUCUUUUCUUUAUUGCUUUCCUUCCUUCCUUCUUUUCUUCCUUCCUUCCUCCCUUCCUUUUCACCUCACUUUUGUCUCUCUCCUUCCAUCUUUCCUUCCUUCCUUCUUUUCUUCCUUCCUUCCUCCCUUCCUUUUCACCUCACUUUUGUCUCUCUCCUUCCAUCUUUCCUUCCUUCCUUUCUUGCUUCUAUCGUUUUUCCUCAUCCGCACUCCCCCGCCAUUUUAUCUUAUUCACCUCGCUCUCUCCUUCCGUCUCCCCUUCCCCCUAUCUUCUUUCCUACUUUCUUUCUUUCCUUUAUUGCUUAUUUCCUUCCUUCCUUCCUUCCUUCCUUCCUUCCUUCCUUCCUUCCUUCCUUCCUUCCUUCCUUCCUUUUCACCUCAUUUUUGUCUCUCUCCUUCCAUCUUUCCUUCAUUCCUUUCUUGCUUCUAUCCUUUUUCCUCCUCCGCCCUCCCUUCUUUUUAUCCUUUUCGUCUUCCACUCUCCUUCCGUCCCCCUUCCUCCCCAUUUCCUUUCUUUUCUUUAUUGCUUUCCUUCUUUCCUUCCUCCCUCCCUUUUCACCUCACUUUUGUCUCUCGCCUUCCAACUUUCCUUCCUUCCUUUCUAGAUUCUAUCGUUUUUCUUCAUCCGCACUCCCCCCCAUUUUAUCUUAUUCACCUCCCUCUCUCCUUCCGUCUCCCCUUCCUCCCCUAUCUUCUUUCCUACUUUCUUUCUUUCCCUUAUUGCUUAUUUCCUUCCUACCUUCCUUCCUUUCUUAGGUUGACAAAAUGGAGACCAUCUCGUUCGUUUCUAUAA